AUGACCAUUACGUACACCGACCAGGUUGCCACGUGCCGUGGCCUGGGAUGUUUUUGGAAAUUACUUUUUCGUUGGAAGGGCAGUAUCUACAAGCUGCUGUGGCCAAACGUGAUAAUGUUCACGGUUUGUUAUUUCUCGUUGAGUGUCAUGUACAGAACCGUAUUGUCGCAGCCGCAAAGAGAUUAUUUCGAAAAAAUUUCGUUGCACUGCCAAACAUACAUGAAUCUGAUCCCCGUGUCGUUCGUACUGGGAUUCUACGUGGCCAUUGUCGUGGGUCGGUGGUGGAGUCAGUACCUGAGCAUACCGUGGCCGGAUUCGUUGGCUCUGUACGUCAGCACGUUGAUCAUCGGACAAAACGAACGGUCAAGAUUAAUCAGACGUACGAUUAUGAGAUACGCAAACCUGAGCAUACUGAUGACGUUGACGAUGAUAUGUCCGGCCGUAAAAAAGAGAUUCCCGACGUUGGAUCACCUGGUAGAGUCGGGGUUCCUGACGCCGGACGAACAGGACGCGUUCGAGUCGAUGAACGCGAAGACCAGUCACCCGAACUACUGGAUGCCACUAGUGUGGGCCGCCACCGUCGUGACGCAGGCCAAGAAAGAGGGGUGCAUCGUGAAUGAUUUCUCGAUCAAAACUCUAGUGGACGAGAUCAACAAGAUCAGAUCGGACUGCGGCAGCCUGUUGAGCUACGACUGGAUCAGCGUACCGCUCGUCUACACCCAAGUAACAACAUUAGCUGUAUACGUUUACUUCAUCGCUUCGUUAAUGGGAAAUCAGUACUUGGAUCCGCUUAAAGGGUAUCCAACGCAUCCAAUUGAUUUGGUUUUUCCGAUAUUCACAUUCUUGCAAUUUUUCUUCUACAUGGGCUGGUUAAUGGUAGCAGAAACAUUAGUGAACCCCUUUGGUGACGACGACGAUGAUUUCGACAUGAACUGGAUGAUUGACCGAAACUUACAGGUGUCCUAUGUGAUUGUGGACGAAAUGCAUCAAGAUAGUCCGAAGCUGACGAAAGACCAGUAUUGGAACGAUAUAUUUCCCACGGAAUUGCCAUACACCGAAGACACUAAACACCUACAGAUCCCUCCGUUCAUGGGUUCCGCCCAGAUGAUCGGAGCGCGAUUGGAGUACGGUAACAGAAAAACAAUUAUCAAUGACGGUGGUGACGAGCGAAAAGAAACGAAUAUUGAUGCGCUGAAGAACCCGGUCGAAACGUCCAACAUGACCAGACAGUACGAUAAAAACGUUUAUCUAAGGGACGAUUAUUGCAAUUUCUCAGGAGAAUCGUUGGUUUCGUUGACCGACUUCAGCAUAAUUCCAUGGCAACCACAAACAUCAACCGAGACUCAACGCGUCCUAAAGAGUACGAAACCAUCAUCCGAGAACACUGAUGACGACACUGAUUGAGAACUUGAAAUAACUAUUCGACAGGCUAUGAUAUAGGUUUCUAUCGAUUCAAUAUGAUGAA